ACGUCAGUGGUUGCUAGGCAGACCUUCACUGACAGCCCUUUGCUCCAAGCUGGGUACCGGAGGUGGGCUCCUAAAGUUAGAUAUCGCACAGAAUCUGAACAGCCCAAUAGGGGAUUGUAGUGUCCUCUAGACCAAUGGAAGGAAGUGAAACUAUUGGGAAAGAGCCAGUUGGAUCAUGAGGAAGACAUAAAUCGCAGAGCAGAGGUUUUCUUGGAAGGUUAUCUGCAAAGGGAGGAGGGAGGUGGUUAACCUGUGCGUAUCCCCCAAUUUUCAUCCAUCCUGCCUUGAAAUCAGAAAUUGCACUCACUAGGCUCUUUUAUCAAUCCUGCCAUACCCCCUUCUUUGCAUCCAUAUCCCCGUCCCCAAGUCCGCUAGUACCCAAUGUGGAGUCUCGACUCUGCCCCCUCCUGACCAAAUCCGUUUCUCUGCGGGCCAAGCACUUCUGCCCCGCCCCUUGCCACUUGCUCAGCCAAUCGCUUGUCUUGGUCCCACCUUUUUCGACUCGUCCUCUCUCACUCCGCCAAUCCGUGCACUUUGCCCCGCCCCCUGAUUGCCGAGUCCGCCAAUCCCUGCCUUUGGGGAGAGUGGCCGGGUAUUCCGCAGCCCUUAGCGGGUCGCACCGGAGGCGGGUGGAGGCGGAAGUGGCGGCGCUGAGCCGCUGGAGUAGGAAGGAGCCGGGGCUGCAGCCGGAGUGGAGCGGCUGCCAGCCGAGGAGCAGGCGCGGCCGGGGCGCCAUAUUGCGGCCCUAAGCGGCCGCGACCAAGUCAUGGCCGAGACCUACGACUUCCUCUUCAAAUUCCUGGUGAUUGGCAGUGCAGGAACUGGAAAAUCAUGUCUUCUUCAUCAGUUCAUUGAGAAUAAAUUCAAACAGGACUCCAACCACACGAUCGGAGUGGAAUUCGGAUCUCGGGUAGUUAACGUGGGUGGGAAGACUGUGAAACUACAGAUUUGGGACACAGCUGGCCAGGAACGGUUUCGGUCGGUGACUCGGAGUUACUACCGAGGGGCGGCUGGAGCCUUGCUGGUGUACGACAUCACCAGCCGGGAGACUUAUAACUCGCUGGCUGCCUGGCUGACAGACGCCCGCACACUGGCCAGCCCCAACAUCGUGGUCAUCCUCUGUGGCAACAAGAAGGACCUGGACCCCGAGCGCGAGGUCACUUUCCUGGAGGCCUCCCGCUUUGCCCAGGAGAACGAGCUAAUGUUCCUGGAAACCAGUGCUCUCACGGGGGAGAACGUGGAGGAGGCUUUCCUGAAGUGCGCCCGCACCAUCCUGAACAAGAUCGACUCGGGUGAGCUCGACCCUGAGAGGAUGGGCUCAGGCAUUCAGUACGGUGAUGCUUCCCUUCGCCAGCUGCGGCAGCCUCGGAGUGCCCAGGCCGUGGCGCCUCAGCCCUGCGGCUGCUGAGACCUGCGGAGCCAGCUCACCUGUUCUACAGGACCAGCCCUGUCCUUCUGGCUGGGGCCCAGACCCAGGCCUCCAGAGGCCGAGUCCCUCACCUGCCCUGGCCUCAGAGAAGCUGCCCUGACACCUGCUCCCCUUCCCUGGCCUGAUGUGGCCUGGUUGAGGGGCAAGACUGAGCCACGGGGGAAGGGGGAAUCUGUACCUGCUGCUGCUUCCUCUGUCUUGGCUACCCCCGUCCCUCUUGAACCUCUAACCAUUCUCAAAGAGUUCCCAAAGCCUGAGACCAGGGCCAUUUGGCCCCAGCUCCCCUAACCCUGCCAUUGCGAGUACGAGUUAUUUAUUACCUGAAGGCCUACCCCCACCCCCUCACCCCCAUAAAGCACUAUUUAUACCUGUGUCUUGGCCUCCAUCAUUUUGGGGUGGAAGGGAGGGAUGGGAGGCAGAAGAGGUAUCUGAUGGAAGAAUCAAGUGUCAUGAUGUUUGGGACCAUGUUUCUGGGUCAGACAUGAUGUGCGGAUACACCGUGACUCAGGUGCCUGUUAUAGAGGGUAUCUCACUGUGUGCACAUGUUAUGACAGUGUGCCCUGGAGGCCCACAUCUGUAACACUAAUAUCCCUGUUUGUGCCAUAAUUGAUGGUAUCUGUAGGAAUGUGUGCUGCUUAUGUGUGACACUGUGACAACUCUGUGUACUCAGUGUGAUUGUAUUCAUGAGGCUGGUGUUGUUUGGGACACCAAACAACGUAAGAACUCAGGCCUGUGGGUGAUACCUAUACAUGUCUGAUGCCUGAAAGCCUGAGGAAGUGUCUGACUUGCAUGUGUGCCUCUGAGGUCUCUGUGUUUUGAUGUGAAUUUGGCUCCUUUGAUACACCUGUGUUUUACCGUGAA